GGAGUUGUAGCUUUGCGGCAUCUGUUUCUUCCACGUGUGGGUGAGAGCUGUGAGAAACUGAGGCGAUAGAAUGGGUCCGGCAAAGAAUGGAGGUGAUGUCCUUACAUUAGAUGCAGAGAAAGAAGAAGAUGAUCUGUUUGUCACAGAGUAUCCUGUGAGCGCAAGUGAGGAUGAGGAAGACAGCGAUAUUGAGAGAAAGCACCGGAGGCUGCUUGAUGCCAUCUCAUCUCUGGAUGGCAAGAAAAGGAGGAGGCUGACUGAGCGCACAGAGGCCGGUCUACAAGUGUCGGAAUUUGGCAUCAGUGCUGAAGGCAUUGGAGAGAAGAUAAGUCUUUCUGAUCUCAUUGAUCCAAUACAGAAAGCCAGCUCACUUGCCCAUGUAAAGAGACAACUGAACAAAGUCAAUCAGACAAAGAGUGAAGAACUACCUCUUAGCAAAGAAGAGACUCAGAGAAUACAAAGAGUGGUAGCUUAUGAAAAGACCUCUGAGGAAGUAUCCAAGUGGGACCAUAUUGUGAAGCAGAACCGUAAAGCAAAACAGCAGGUGUUUCCUAUUAAUGAAGAGGAGCAGAAACCUGCUUCCAUUGAAGAGGUGGUAACAGGAUGGAACGCACGCACACCUCUUGAGCUGGAAGUAUUUAAUAUCCUUCAUAAGAACAAACAACCAAUAACCAACCCAUUACUGACUCCUGUGGAAGAGGCAGCUUUGAAAGCCAUGAGUGUAGAAGAGGCAAAGCUUCGUCGAGCAGAGCUGCAGAAAGCAAGAGUCCUGCAGUCUUUUUAUGAGUCGAAAGCAAGACGUGAAAAGAAAAUUAAAAGCAAAAAGUACCACAGACUACUUAAAAAAAGCAAACAAAAAGCAGCUCUGAAGGCAUUUGAAGAAUUGAAAAAAACAAAUCCAGAAGCUGCUCUAGAGGAAUUACAGAAACUGGAGAGAUCCCGUAUGGAGGAGAGAAUGACCCUAAAGCAUCAGAACAAAGGCAAAUGGGCGAAGUCCAAAGCCAUAAUGGCAAAAUACGAUGAAAGUGCACGCAAAGCAAUGCAAGAGCAACUAGAGCAGAACAAGGAGCUUACUAGAAAGAUUGAGAUUGUGUCCAGCAGUGAAGACAACGAAGAUGCAGAAGAUGAAAUAAUUCCUGCCUUUGUUAAUGAUGCCCAAAUGAAUCUUGAAGGUCCAAACCCAUGGAUGACUGGAAAGCUGAGCAGUGAAGCAAAGGAUUCUGGGAACGAAGCCGCUGUUACAGACACACAACCUUCUCAGUUAAUCACAGAUAAUCCUGAUGAGCAAGAUGUGAAAAUUGAUUCUGAGGAGGAUCUAUCAGAAGAAGAAGAAGAGGUUUUGCUUCAAGAGUUUGAGGAAAAAAGAAGACUGAGAAAAGCAGAAGAAGUAGAAGACUCCAAUAAACCAAUGACUUCGGAAAAGCUCUGUGAUGCAGAGGCCGAUAUUGGAGAGGAUCAGGUAUCUCAGUUCAACCACCUUUUCCAGAGACUUUUAGAACAGAAUAAAGAAACCAAAAGCACAGCUAGCCCACAGAGGGGAGAUGAUGAAUCGUCUGAAUCUGAAAACGAAGAAGGGGAAGAAGAUCCGUUGCUAACUGAGCGUCUGGAAAGGAAACAGACUCUUGAAGAAGUCAGUGCUCUUGGAGGAGAAGAAUGGGAAGAUGAACCCAUUCAACAGAAGGUGCAAUCCUGUAAAAAGAAGGCACCAAAAGAAGCAACACAACCUAACAAGUCAGAGCAGGCUGGGAAACCAAAGCUUAUUGACAACAGUGAGGUUCUUCCUGUAAAAGCUCAGAGGAUCAAAAUACCUUUGCUUCCCACCACUGUGGAGGAAGAGGAGGAGGAGGACGGUGAUGUUGAUCAGAAGAUGAUUAUUCACGAAGCAUUUGCUGGAGAUGAUGUCAUCAGGGACUUCCUGACAGAGAAGCGUAGUGCUGAAGAUGCUGGGAAACCGAAGGACAUCAAUCUAGUGCUGCCUGGUUGGGGAGAGUGGGGUGGAACUAAUCUUAAAGUCAGCAAGAAGAAACGUAGAAAGUUUAUUAUCAAAGCUCCUCCCGCUCCUCCUAGGAAAGACCAGCGACUUCCAAAUGUCAUUAUAAAUGAGAAGAAGAACAUUAUGGUGGCUGCCCAUCAGGUAAACGAACUCCCGUUUCCAUUCUGCACUAAAAAUCAAUUUGAGAGCACCAUCCGCGCACCUAUUGGUAAUACAUGGAACACACAGAGGUCUGUCCAGAAAAUGACUGCUCCUCGGCUUAUUACUAAAAAAGGCCACAUCAUUAAACCCAUAACCGAAGAGGUUUUCCAGAAGAAUACAACAACCAAAAAGCCAGAAGUUGAACUCUUCAAGCCAAAACCUCAGUCUAAGCAUCAUCCUCACAAAGGACAGAAGAGGAAAAAGCAGGCACCAUAAGUUUUAUUAAUGAGUGAGGUGCUUGUAAAGUUUUCCGGGACAGUAGACUUGGGGCAUAUAGCAAACAGAUUUGUAACAUACCAUCCUUAAAACUGAAAUGUGCACAGUGAGGCCCAUUGCCAUCAGGGCCAAAAGACAAGUUUAAGACUGUAAUUUUCAGCAAAGAACUUUUGUGGAAGAUAAUGAUCACCUAAAACUUGGAUAUUUGAUAGAGAAUGGGAAAUCACUGUAUAUACAUUAUGUACCCUGGUUAAUCGGGAUUCAUAAAAAUAUAUUUUUAAGUGUAA